CGAAUUCACGCAAAACUGCGGCACGCAGUUUUUCUUCUCUAAAACACCACCAUGCGUAAAUAUUCUCCAGUGUAGCGCCACAAAAGUGAGCAAAAGUCGCCCUCAAUUUAUUACGCGAAUAUACUCUGCACUAAAAAAAAAUGUUAAACCCCGCCAAAUGUUGUGAGGAGGGGGGGGGAAAUAAAUUUUUGUUGUUUUUUGUUGUCUUGGGGAAUGUUGUGACGGCUCUGGCGCCCGCUCCGCGAGGCUGUGUCGAUGAGGAGUUGACGGUGUGUGUGUGUACGUGUGUGAGGGAGAGAUGGCGAGUUAAAGCGAGCCGCCGCUUGUGCUCAACACCGCCGCCCCUGACCUGUGACCACCUCGCGUCAGCGAGCACGACGCCGCCUCCUCCAUCUUGCGGCUCUCCUCACCACAGCAGCAGCAGCACCCGCCGCCGGCAGCGAGCGCUCUCCCCUUCCGCUCUCCCCUCUCCGCUCUCCCCUCUCACAGAAAUCCGAUCCACCUGCGCGCUCUCCAUCACGAGUCCCACAGGCAGCCCCUGCCAAGUAGCUCGAUCCCGCCACGCACGAGGCGGUGUCGUGUCCCAGCCUCGCCACAUCGAGAGGACGGCGGCGGCGGCACCACCACCACCAUCACCCCAACGUCGUCUUCCAGCUAGCCGCAGCCCUCACGCGCCGUAGAGGACUUGGGGCAGCAAGAGUUGAGAAGGAACCCCCCCGGGACACUUCGUUGUUACCGAGGAGCUCGCCCACUCGACUUGAUGGCGGAGUCUGACUUCGCGCCGUGGCUGAGCAGGCGGCUGGAGGCGAUGCAGGUGGAGGCCGAGGUGUACGGGUCGUACCUCGCGGGCAUCCUGGGCGAGGAGGACGACUCGGACGAGGAGAAGGAGGAAGCCAUGCGGGCCGUGCUGUCCGCAGUCGUGGCGGAGGAAGACUCGCUGGACUCGAUUUGCAGGGAGAUCCUGAGAAAGUGGAGGGAGAUGGACCACCUUUCCAAAGAGAGACGGCGACUCCUCAAUGGCUCGCGGGACGAGGUGCAGGUCCUGGCCAGCAUGAUCGAGCAGCAGGCCCAGCUGGUGGUGCAGCCCCGUGAGGUGACGCGCGAGGAGCGCCAGCGCAAGGAAGCACUGCUCGCGCAGUAUGCCACCGUGGAGGAGGCCGAGGAUGAAGAGAGCGAGGAGACGGAAGGAGCCACGGCAGCCAAGCCCGCGGGAGUGACGGACAAGAGCAAAUCUCUGUUCCGCAACACGAACGCCGAGACGGUGGCGGAGAAGCAGCGUCUCCAGCGCGAGCAGGCACGCGAGGACUCGCAGCGCAAGAAGGAGCAGGACAAGACGCAGCGGGAGAAGGACAAAGUGCAGAAGCAGGAGAAGAAAGACGAGAAGCGCAAGAAGGCCCAGAAGGUCGAGCGACGGCGAUGAUGAGAGAGCGGGGUGGCAGGGGGGGGGGAGGUGGCGACCGGACCAGGCGGCGUGGGGGUCGGUGACGAUCUCGGCCGCGCCGGCGCCGGCGCCGUGCCCGCGUUCCUCGUGUGGCUUUCUUUUUCGGCGAUCGGCAAUAAACGGACUUAAUUAUU